UUAGGAUGUUGGAAUUGAAGUCAAUCUAAAGUCCUAAUUUAAAGCUCUGUUUUGAACACUCGCAGCGCUUGGCCCCACGUAGAAGCUUUGGCAGUUCAAUUGAGAAAUGAUUGUUUCCGUAGCGAAAGCAGCAUUAUUAGGGCUUUGCGAGUAACGGAGUGAGCUAUCGUUUUUCGAUCCAUGUUCGUUUUUGUUGCGAGUGCGCGGGGAAUAGGGAAGAUUCUAUUAUCGUGACAGGGUGAGAGCAAUACAGCGUAAAAUAAUGCGAAUGUUUAUUGUUUUUGAUUCUGACUGAGAAUCUUGGGAUAAGCAUCUGUGUACGCGGGAGUAAAGGGACCGUAAGGCAUCCAUUAGUGUGGCGUUAGGAGAAUUGGAACACUAUGGCAGAGACUGAGAGAAGGGAAGCGGAUGGCUCAGCAAAAGAAGCAGAUAUCGGGAGGGUUGAGGAGGAAGACUCGAAGACUAGUGACGGUGCGGGUAGUGGCCGUAUUGAGUAUGUUUCUUACAAAGAUGAGACGCAGCUGCCGGACAUCAUGGCACUGAUUGACCAGGAGUUGUCAGAGCCCUACUCCAUCUUCACCUACCGCUAUUUCAUCACUCUCUGGCCUGACCUCUGUUUCAUGGCUUUUCAUGAAGGAAAGUGCAUCGGUACGCUUGUCUGCAAGAUGGGGCAGCAUCGAAACACCUUCCGUGGAUAUAUUGCCAUGCUUGUUGUUGUUAAACAACACCGAGGAAAGGGUAUUGCCACAGAAUUGGUGACUCGCUGCAUUCAAGUCAUGCGCGACGCCGGAUGUGACGAGGUGACCUUGGAAGCUGAGGUGACAAACCUAGGUGCUCUUGCUUUGUAUGGCAACCUUGGCUUCAUCCGCGCCAAGCGGCUCCACAGAUACUAUCUCAACGGGUUUGAUGCCUACCGUUUGAAACUACUGUUUCCACGGCCACAUGAUGCCAAUAGAAUGUUGUUAGGAGGUGGUUACAGUAUGGACCCUUACCAAAUGCACGACUGCUCCAAACUUGAUCACGACCACGACCAGGUACUAUUCACAAAGGCAACCAGCUUCUCCAUCCAGGUUCAGAAUUCCUGAUUUGCAAAUGAUUUUGGGCUUAUUUUCUGGCUCUAUACUACAAGACAAUGUAAUAUAUUUUGGGAACCAUUUGGUAAACACCCCCUUUUAUUGUCUGGACACUUUUUUAA